AUGGCGCCUACAAUCUUCAUCGUUCCCGGCUUCUAUGAAGGCCCUGCGGUCUUCCAGCCUCUGGCCGACAUCCUCAUUGGACGAGGCUUCAAAACAGUAAUCACGACUAUUUCCAGCACUGGCAAGACUCCUCCGGGCAGCCCGACUAUGGAUGAUGAUAUUGCGAACAUCGCCAAAUAUCUUGCCCCUGUCGUUGAUGAAGCAGGUGGUGAAGGUGUCAUUGCAGUCAUGCACUCAGCUGGAGGCUUCAUUGGCAGUGGCGCCCUCAAAGGGCUGACCUCUGAAGCCAGACAGGCUACUGGAGAGCCUGGAGGCGUCAAGAAAAUCGUCUUCAUCACAGCUGGGGUCGCACUCGAGGGCUAUGAACAAGGGCCAAUGGAGUUCUUUGACUACCACGAGUCAAAUGGUACACAAUCAUGCAAAGACCCCAGAAACCUGCUUUACAGCGACUUCUCAGACGAUGAGGCCAACAAGUGGCUUCCAGGUCUUCAACAUCAAGCUGACAGAGGAUGGGCGACCAAGCUUCAGUACUGCGGUUCGAGAGAGGUACCAAGUGUCUACAUCAUCUGCGAGGGGGAUAAAAUGUUACCUGCUGAGCUGCAGGAACAGUUCGCGGGCCUGGCGGGUAGUGAGAUCGUUAGGGUUGGUGCUGGACAUAUGGUGCAGUUGAGUCAGACUGAAAAGGUGGCGGACAUCAUCGCUUCACACGUGAAUUAA